AUGAAUAAUAUAAAUAUGUACUCCCCGUUAUACACAUCUUAUGAAAAUAUAAACAUAUACAACCAAAACAAAAAAUUUAAUGAAGAAGACUGUGGAACAUCUACUGCUAACAUAUCGUGCGAUUCGAAGGGGAGAAUAUUAAUAAAAGAUAUUGAAAAUGAUAAAAAAAACACAGCAAAUAAGAAUGAAGUGUUUAAUAAGUCUGAAAUUAAAAAUAGAAGUAAAUAUGAAAGGCAAAACGUUUUUCUUAACAAUGAAAUCAAAGAGGAAUCACCUAUUAUUAGGAAUGUUUGUAAGGGCAGAAAUGUAAUUAAUGAUAGCAAUGUACCUACGAAGAAGUAUUUGAACGCGAUUAAUGCCAUAAGUUAUAACAACUAUCUUAGGUUAAAAAAUACUAAUCAUUUAAAUAGUACUCAAUAUUGUGUCAAAAAAGAAUGUAGCAAUAAUAGUAAUAAUAAUAAUAAUAAUGAUAAAAAUAAUUCCUAUUAUUAUAAUAAUAACAAUUAUAGAAAUCAUAACAAUUACAAUACGGAAAAUGUUAAGGAGAAAUUAUUAUUAAACGGUUGCAAUAACAAUAAAGGUUCUUCUUACAUUGUAAAUGGACUAAACAAAAAUUAUGCAAAUAAUUUUUCGUCCUACAACAUUCAAGAUGCAAAUGGGAAUAGAAACAUAUUUCCUGAUAAUGAUAAUAAUAAUAAUAAUAAUAACAUGUUUAACCAUUAUAGCCGAAUACCAUUAGAUAAUUAUAAUAAUAACUUUAAAAAUUAUAGGAAUUCAUCGUAUGAUAACAUUUACUCAUAUAAUAAUAACAGUAAUAGUAACUCCUUCCAUUUUAAUGCAAACACACCAUCUAUCGGUUUUUAUAGUAAUGAUAACAUUAAAUUAAAAAAGCAUUUGCCUUAUCCGAAUGGCUCACCAAAUGUAUCGUUUAUUACACCAAACAAUACUCAGAAAUAUGGCACGUUGCAUUUAUUAAAAUCUGUACAAAAUAAGGAGGAAGGAUUCACAAAAAAUAUAAUUAAAUUUUUUAAUAGAAAAAAAGAAACAAAUAAAAAUAUGAUGAAUUCUUUCAAUUCAUAUGAAUAUUUGCCAAAUAUUGAAAAUGAAAUAAGAAAUACAUCCAUAAAUAAAAGUAUAGUAAGUUCCAAUUCGUAUGGGAAAAAAAUAAAUAGUUAUAACCCUUCCAACACAAAAAGUGAUGGAAAUAACACUCUUAAUAAAAUAUAUAAUUUUAUUUUCCCACAAAAUAUAAAGAAGGCACAAAAUAAGAUCAAAGAAAGAAACGAAACAAACAAAUACAUUUUCAAAAAAGAUUCCAAUAGAUCGAUUCAUAAAAACAGCGCUAUUUAUCGUACAGAUAGUAAUAUAAAAUUAGGAAAACGUUUUGAUAUCAGUAAUAAUUGUAACUAUCUUCACCUCAACAACGUCAUCAGGAAUAGUAGUGGUAGUUGUUGUAACAAACCUAUGAAUCAUUCUAAUGUUUACCAUAAAAGUUAUAAAGACUAUAUGAACCAGAAUCAAGUGAGAGGUAAUGCUACUUUUAAUGUAAAACAGAGUAGUGCAAAUAUGCCAUUUUGCAAAUAUGUCUCCCCUGCAAAAAAUAAUAAUAUUCAAAAUACAGCUGUGUCGUCAAAAAAUUUAUUUUUUAACGAUAAACAUAAAUAUCAUGAAAAAGUUAUUACCAACGUUUAUCAGUUUACUGGAGGUGCCUCGCACAAGCAAUGUAACCUUAAAAAUAAUUCAAAAAUGGAGAAUAGUAUAAAAGUGGAAAACAAAAUUACAUAUAAUGACAAGUCGAACAACAAAGGUGUUCACGAUCUAAAUGGUCAAAAUAUUAAAUUAGAUUCUGCAUCACAAAAGAAAAAUGUGCAAAAUGUGCACGUUCCUGCAAUGAGUGAAAAUAAAGGCAUCAACCUUAACAAAGGAUGUAAUACGAAAUAUAAUGGACUGAUUGAACACGAUCAUACAAAUAACACCAGCAACAAGGACAAUUUUAACGACGAAAAUGCAUUAAAGAAUCAAAAGAAAUUAAAGGAUAUGAGAGAAUCGGAAAAAAUUGACAACGAAUAUUUGAAUACAAUGAAUAAUCCAACACCAAAACAAAAUACAUUUCAGUGUGAUUCGAAUUUGCACAAGAAACAACUCACUUAUAAGAACUCCAUAAAUAUAUUAAAUGACAGCGAUAAGAAUAAUAUUAAGCAAAAUGUUUAUAAUUAUAGCACAAUAAUACAAAAUAAUUUUAUUAACAAUUCAGAAAAAAUGUCCAAAAUUUUAUUAAAUACGAAAAGUGAUAACAGUGUGCAAAACAGAAAUGAAGCAAAUUUAGCGUUUAUUAAUGUAAAUAAAUACAUAAAUAAUAUUUUUAAAACAAACAAUAAUUCUGAAGAUAGCAAUAAGGAAGAUAUAUUUAUUAAUAACUAUGAAAAAAUUGAUAUUCACAAUGAUAAUAGUAAUAACAAUAUAGAUAAGGAAUUAAAUACGAAUGGCAAUAUACAAAAUAGGAAUAACAUAUAUAAACCACAUCUUCGUAGUGUUAGUGUGUAUCAUUCCAAUGUUCCCGAGGUACGAACCGAUGAUAUUUUAAUUAACGAUGCAAAGCGUUUACAUGUAUUAGAAAAAGAGCAUGGAGUACUAAAUUCUCCAACAAAUAUAUACCUACAUAGUAGUGUAAAUGGAAUGAACGAGAACACAAAAAGUUUAAUGAAACAUUGUACCCUAAAUAAAUUUUUGUAUGAAAAAAAACAAAAAUUAAAAUCUCAUAUUGAACCACUUGAACAGAAAUAUGGUACACAUGAGUUGUUAUAUGCGAAUAAGGAGUGUGAUUCUACAAUUAUAAAUAAAUGCACGAACAAUAAUCCGAUAAUUAAAUUAAUAACAAAAAAUAAUAUGAAAGAUGUUCAUACAGAAUACAAGGACUCUAUGCUUAAGUUAAAUAGUUUAUGUAAUAUAAGCAAAUAUGAAGGAGUUAAUGAAGGAGUGAAUGAAGGAGUGAAUGAAGGAGUGGAGGAACAAAUGAAAGAAGGAAUGUUAUAUAACAACAAAACAAGCAAUAAUGGUAAAUCCUUUUCUUUUGGUAAUUUACUAAAAAAUGAAUUGAAAAAUAAUCCAUAUAACAUGGAUAAUUUAAAUAUCAACCAAAAUGGGUAUAUGCAGUCUGUCAUAUCAGUUGCAGAUAAAGAUAAUUUAUUAAAUGUAAAAAGAAAUUUUCAAGAUAUUCCAGUUUGUAAUAAUAACGAAAAUAAUGUUUUCCUUAAUAAUAUAAACGAAAACAUUAUUUUGAAUAACAAUUUUAUGAAUAAUAGUAAAUUUCAGAAUGGGAACAUAAUUUCAGGUAAUAAAGAGAUAGAUAAGAUAAGGAAAAACAAAAUAGAAAAUAAAAAGGAUAUGUGUAUUAAUUCAUAUAACAAUGAUAAAAAAGAAGAAAGAUUGCAAAAGGUACACUAUGAUGUUGAUGAAAUAUUAUUAUUAAAAUCUCAGGUUUCUAAAGAACUAAACACCUGUCUAAAAUGUUUAAACAAUUUAACAAAAAACAAAGAGUUAUUUGAACAGUUAAAAAAAUAUAAACGUAAACUUGCUGAAAAAGAGGAUUUAGAACACAUGGGAGACAUUGAAGAUAUAGAAGAUGUAUCAGAAAAAAGCUAUUCGGAUAAAGCAGAGUCGUAUUAUACAAUGAAAAAUUCAUACAUUUCUUCCAUGCAAUGUAAUGAAAAUAAAACUGCUGAUAUUUUGUAUAAUAAGGAUGAUAACACUAUACCAACAGAAAAUUUCUUCUCAAAAAAUACUAGUAAUAUUGUUCAUAUGAUUCACCAAGCGGAUGUGGAUGGCUGUAAAAACAUAAUUUACCCGUCAGAAUAUAAUAAUGACUAUUGUAAUGAUAGUAGAAACACUAAUAUGGUUCAAAAAGAUUAUGUAUACUUCGAAGAAAAUGUAAAAGCACACAGGAAAAAAAAAGAUAGUGUCCAUUUUAAUUUAUAUGAUAAUAAGAAUAUGUAUCAUACAGGAACAAAUACAAACUACGGGAAGAACAAAAAAGAAAAUGAACAUAAAAUAAAUAUGCAGGGUAAAUGUUCCUCUAACGAAGCAGAAUCUCCAUAUAUAGGAAAAAAAAAAGCCUUAGUUGUUACAUUAAUUUAUAAUGGGUUGUUAGAAGGAUGUAAAAAUGAUACUAUACAUAUGUGCGAUCAUUUAAUGGGAACAUUUAAAUUUAAUGAAUUAACAUUAUUAAACGAUUGUAAUUUAUGUUACAGAAAUUUCGUAACACGAAAAGCUAAUAAGAGAAAUAUAAUAAAUAAUUUAUAUGAUUUUAUUACCAAGUCUAAUAAUGGAGAUAUUUUAUUUUUCUAUUUUUGCGGUUAUUCCAUUAAAAUUAUCGAUUCAAAAUUUUCAGAAAACCAUAAUUUUGCUUUACUACCACAGGAUUAUUCAAAAAAUAAGUAUAUAUAUUCUAAUGAAAUAUAUAAUAUAAUAAAAAAGUUAGAAGGAGGGAAACAGCUAUGCAUUGUUUUUGAUACUACGUACACAUCAUAUUUUGUUCCUACAAGUACAUCUAUUACGUAUAAUAAAAAUAUAAAUACGACGGAAAUAUCGAAAAGUAACUAUUUACAACCUACAAAUAAAAAAUAUAAGUAUUCGUUGAGAACUUUUGGAAAGGUCAGAGAUAGGCAUGUUGAACCUGUUUAUCUGGAGAAUGUUAAAAGACCCUCAAUUCACGAAUUAUACAAACCAGAGGAGGGAAGCAAAAGAGUGAAGAAUACAUUAGUCCCCUCAAUCUUUUUCUUUUCCCCUGAUACCAGAGAUAGAAAUGAUUUUGAAUUUUUAAUAAAAAAUAACGUCAGAGGUUUACUAACAUACUGCGUAGGUAAGGCAAUCGAAUUAUUAAAAAAAGAUUUUUCCUAUCAUGACUUAUUUGUGGUUGCUUCCAAAUUACUAGUUAAUAUAAAGAAGGAGUACAAAAUAAAGUAUAUUAAAUUUAAACUAUCCUUUUUAAAUGAACAUUCUCCUGAUGAUAUAAAAUUUUUAUCGCAUGAAAGUCUUUUUUUAAAUAAAAAAAUGAAGCUAGAGGAACCAUUGUGGAAACCUUCUUUAAGAUUGAACAGUUUAAAUGAAUAUAUGAAAGAUAUUUACAAUUUUAAAGAAAAAAAUAUACAAAAGAAUUUCGUAAAAAGAUGCUUGCUAAUUUUCAUAAAAGAUAUAAAAUUUUAUACGUCUAUGAAAAUAGACCUUUCAGUUGAAUAUUUUGUAAGUUGUUUUAUUAAAACCAAGAAUAUUAAUAUCCUUUAUGUUAGGAGAAACAAUACAAAAAUGCAAAAAAUUGUCAGAGACAAAAUAUUUUUUUUAGAAUACGUUAUAUUGAAUCUGUCCGAUGAAAAAGCAAAAAUUUACGUGGAGUUGUUUAAAAAAAAGAAGAAAAAUUAUUUCGUUGCAAGAAGUGUCUUUAGAAUAGAAAACACAAAUGGAAAGUUUUCCUUAAUGGAUGAAAAAAAAAAUAUAAUUGGUAUUAUUGAUUUGAGUAUUAAAUGCGUUUCUUAA